AUGGCCAUCAAGAUCGUCAAAAAGCGCACUACCAAAUUUAAGCGCCAUCAGUCUGACCGCUACCACGGCGUGAAGGAGGCAUGGAGGAAGCCCAAGGGUAUCGAUAACAGGGUCAGGCGUCGCUUCAAGGGCCAAACACCUAUGCCCAAGAUUGGUUAUGGAAGCAACAAAAAGACACGUCAUCUCCUUCCCAACGGCCUCAAGAAGUUCCUCGUGAGCAACGUUCGGGACGUUGAUCUCCUCCUUAUGCACAACAAAACCUUCGCUGCCGAGAUCGCUCACAACAUCAGCAGCCGGAACCGCACCGUAAUCCUGGAGCGUGCGAAGGCUUUGGGCAUCAAAGUCACAAACCCCCAGGGCCGUCUGCGGUCAGAGGAGUAG